AUGCAGAGCAUUUUUGCAAAGAUCGAGGGCGGCCUCGAGGACCUGGUGGGCGGCACCGAGAAGCACUCGCACACCCACAGUGCCGAGUGUGCGGAGGCACACUCGCCCGAGCACAACAGCAACCGGUUCCAGUCGUUUGCUCCCGAGACCGCCGGCCGGGCCAAGUGGUACGUCGACGGCUGCUCCUACUUCUGGGCCGUGUCGGAAGCACUCGCGAAGGCCCAACGGACCAUCUACAUCCUCGACUGGUGGCUGACGCCCGAGCUGUACCUCCGCCGGCCACCGUCCAAGAAUGAGCAGUACCGCCUCGACAACAUGCUCAAGGCCGCCGCCGAGCGAGGCGUCCAGGUCCGCAUCAUCGUCUAUAAGGAGGUGCCGCAGGCCCUGACCUUGAACUCUGCCCACACUAAGCACGCCCUCGAGGCACUGCACCCAAACAUCCGCGUGUUCCGGCACCCAGACCACCUGCCCAAUGGCCAUGACAUCCAGGCCGAUUUCGAGACGGCUUUCUCCAACAUGAGCAUGGGUGCCUUUGACCUGUCCAAGAUGGGACAAGAUGCCCUCAAGGCGCUGUAUGGCACCAGCGAUGACAUGGUGCUGUACUGGGCCCACCACGAGAAGCUGUGUCUCAUCGACGACCACAUUGCCUUUAUGGGCGGUCUGGAUCUGUGCUUUGGACGUUGGGACACCAACAGUCACCCUAUUGCCGAUGCCCAUCCCGGCGACCUAGAUGCCAUCAUCUUCCCCGGCCAGGACUACAACAACGCCCGUGUGUACGACUUUGCUGACGUCGACAAGUGGGAGAACAACAAGCUUGACCGCACCCAGAGCUCGCGCAUGGGCUGGUCCGACAUCAGCAUCAGCCUGUCGGGACAUAUCGUGCCCAGCCUGAUAACGCACUUUAUCGACAGAUGGAACUACAUCUUCGACAGCAAGUACGUGACCCGUAAAGAGGGCGCCUACGAGAAGCUUGGGAUGCCCAGCGAGCCGCACACCGUGCCUGAGAGCCUGUGGGGCAAUGGCGGAUCGCUGCUGGAGGGCGGACAGCGCUUCGUGGGCGGCCUGCACAAGCACCUGCAGCACCGCAUGAACCAGUUCUUGGGCGGCGGUGAUGGCGACGAGGAAGCGGAACCCACGCGGGGCGGCAGCCACGGCGGCAAUUACGGCGGCAACCAAGGCGGAGACUACGGCGGCGACAAUGAUGAUAGCAUGCAUAUUCAGCUGACACGCAGCUGCUGCGCCUGGUCGGCCGGUCACCCGACAGAGCACUCUAUCGCGAACGCAUACAUUGCCGCGAUCACAGGCGCCGAGCACUUUGUCUAUAUUGAAAACCAGUUCUUCAUCACAGCCACGAGCGAUGAGCAGCGCCCGGUGACCAACAAGAUUGGCCGUGCCAUUGUCGACCGUAUCGUGCGGGCCCAUCAGAACGGCGAGGACUUUGGCAUGAUCGUGUGCAUCCCGGCGGUGCCGGGCUUUGCCGGCGAUCUGCAGGCCGACUCGGCUCUGGGCACCCGGGCCAUUAUGGAGUUCCAAUACAACAGCAUCAGCCGUGGCGGCAACAGCAUCUACGAGGAGCUGCGGGCAGCCGGCGUGGGCGAGCCGGAGCAGUAUCUCCGCUUCUACAACCUGCGCAGCUACGACCGUAUCAACACGGCCCCGCUGAUGGGUCGGAUCGAAAAGGAUAGCGGUGUGUCGUAUGGCGAUGCCCGGCGCGAGUUUGACGAUGCUGUCGAGUCUGGCUACGAUGGCUACAGCCGUGACCACGAGACCCAUGGCCACCUGGGCGACAACUACCAUCGCUACCAGGCUGCUGCUCGGGCUGCUCCCAACGACCCUACCGCCGACACCGUCUCGGCCUGCUACACGUACGGAGGCCCAGCACUCGUCGACGUGCCCUGGAGUGGUGAGGACCCGGAGGCCGAGAUUGCUGCUUAUGUCAGCGAAGAGCUCUAUAUCCACACCAAGGUCCUCAUUGCCGACGACCGGCUGGUCAUCUGUGGCAGUGCCAACCUCAAUGACCGCUCGCAGCUGGGCAACCACGACUCGGAGAUUGCCGUUGUCAUCGAGGACCCGAAGCACCCGGUACGCUCGUCCAUGAACGGCCGCCCGUAUGUUGUCGGUGCUUUUCCCGCGAGCCUGCGCCGCCAGCUGUUCCGCAAGCACAUUGGCCUGCUGCCGGACCUGCCGUACGACAGGCCAACGCAUAACUUCCUCCCCGUCACCGCUGGCCUCAACGAGUACGACUGGAACAGCACGGCCGACCGGCUGGUGGCCGAUCCGCUCAGCCCGCACUUCCGUCGCCUGUGGACCGGUACUGCCCACACCAACACGGAGGCCUUUGACGACGUCUUCCACUGCGUGCCCACCGACCGCGUGCGCACCUGGGACGAGUACGACGACUACUUCUCCAAGUACUUUGUCCUGCCGGGCACCACGGACGACAAGAAGGACAAGGCCAAGCUGGGAAGAGAGGAGUGGGAGGACAACAGCGCGGAGCCGCAGCUCCUGCCCGAUGGCAAGGCUCCCUACGGCCACGUGGCGCCCUGCUUCCCUGGUGGUGUUGAGGCCUUGAAGAAUCGUCUGGGCGAGAUCCGUGGAAACCUGGUCGAAAUGCCGCUGCAGUUUCUUGUAGACGUUGAUGACCUGGCCAAGAACGGCAUUACGUUCAACGGCCUGACCGAGGAGAUCUACACGUGA